CGUAUUAGCAUUCCACUGGGCCACUCUCUCAACUCCAUCAACGAGGCCCAAGUCUCAUCCCUAAUUUUAAGAAUUUCGUCCCUCCUUCCUUCACAACCACAUUUCACGAGAGGAUAGAGACGAUCGUGUCUCCAAGUGACAUUAUGUUAAUCUUUAUGACACUAUGGUGCAAGCUGUGAUGUUUUUGACUUUGUAUCUUUGUCACUUACUAAGAUCUAGAUUUUAGGGUGUCAAAACUCAAAAUUAUUCAUACGUGCUGGAAAUUAUGUUUUAAGGAAACAAAUAGUUUUUCUUGGUUAUUGGUGGUUCAAUUUUUUUGUGUGGUUGACUAAACAAAUUGUUCAUUUUCCUUUUAAUAUGGUCUAUCUAGACCAAAUCAUACCAGACCAGACCGCAAUAUAUGAUAUGAUCUCUAAUAUGUACUCCACCCUCUCAAUAUGAAUUUUAAACCGCAGUAUAUAAUUCGAUCUGAACCAGAUUGUACCGUUUCCCUGCCUACACCUCCUCGUAAACAUAUCAACUCACUCGAGCUACUAGGGUUGCACUUUUUUAUAGUUAAAAGACGGUUAAUGAGUAGGAUAGGGUUUUCUUUUGCCUUUGCUUCUCCUCAACGUUCGGUAGCCUAAAAACACCGAUCCCAUUCCUACUCACUACGUCCUUCCUCCAAUCAGAUAAAUACAACAAAUAAAAUAAAUAAUAACAGACAUUUUUCAGAACCGAACUUAAUAUAAAAAAGGGAGAUAUAAAAGAAAUAAAUAAAGGAAAAAUUCCCUCCGCCUUUUCCGCUUCAGGUGGAGCCCACCACUCUUUGAUCCAACUGUCCAGAAGAUAUCACCGGGAAAUCGACGGCCUGGAUUGGUCAUUCUCGGAUAAGAAGUUAGAAACUGAGAAAAAUAAACUAACAGUGAAGGUGAAGGUGAAGGUGAAGGUGAAGGUGGUGAACUGAAGGAGUGGAGAAGAAAGGAAGUCGAAACUUGGGCAAAAAGAUUAACCCACAAAGAAAAAAACGAAACUUUCCCUUUUUCCCCCCUUCUUUUUUGGCUUUCUUUCUCGCACUUGCGGAGUGAUUGGUGAGAGUGAAAAGAAAAUUAUGGGAAUUUUCCAGUAAGAGAGGGAAAGUGGUGGGGAAGAAGAGGGGAGAGAAGCUCGUGAAAGCUUUUUUCUUUCUUUCUUUUUUUUUGUUUGUAAUAGUAGUAAUCUAUUGUUUGUGUUAUGCAAGAGAGAAGAAAGGGAGAGAGUAUAGAGACAAAUGCCCACCACCAUUAACACUUGUCUCUCAUCUCCUCUCACAUGAGCAUGACCCAUCUCCUCUCUUUCCCCCCACCAUUCCUUCCUUCCGCCUCUUCUUCUCCUCCUCCUUCGUCCGGCUCAUCGUCAUUUAUUGUCAUCACUGUUGUUGGGUCUUCGAAAUUUACAGUCCCACGAGCGGAGGGAAUCGUACAAGGGGAAAGCAAAUAAGGAGGUGGGUAGUGGGCGUGAGAAUUCGAUUGCUUCUUUUAUAAUUCUCCGGGGCUUCAUCCCAGAUGCUAUGCUGUUUCAAUGGGUAAUAAAGACGCGCACCAGCAGAAUCUGCAGCAGUUGGAGAGCGGCAAUGGGGGUACUCACGGCGGGAGGAGCUCUUGCUGCUCGAUAACCAGAAUCGGCUUCAGUUUUAGAUGUGUCUUCGCUGUGAUCCUUUCUCUGGCACUUGUACUCUCCGGGAUCUUCUGGAUCUUCCCUUUCGGCUCACACAAUUCGAAUGGUUUUGAUGCCAAGGAGGCAAUUAAGCUCAGUGCCACUGUACAGGCAUGCUUCAAAAUUCCAAAGCCAGUUUCAGAGGUUGUUCCACACAUUAAUUCAUUAGAAGACGACAUCUUCAAUGAAAUAAGUAUUGAUGAUAUGAAGGUGGCUAUGCUGUCAAUGCACCAAAAUGGCACUUCCAACUGGACGGAUGGGGUUUUUGGUAUACUUUCUGAUCAUAUGAAUACUCCUUUGAAUCCAGCACACCUAAGUGUGCUGCGGUCCUCUUUGGUCGACCUCUUCCUGAAGCAGAUGAAUCUCUCCGUAACUACCUCUGUUUUUGGGCAACCUUAUGAUUUUGAAAUUCUCAAGUUUCCUGGAGGGGUCACUGUAAUUCCUCUCCAAUAUGGCUCAAUUUGGACACCCCGACAGCCCCUUUUAAAUUUUACCCUCAACAAUUCAAUAUCUGAGAUCCUCCACAAUUUCGGUGAACUGAGGGACCAGCUGAGGUCAGGAUUGCGUCUCAGGGCAUACGAGAAUCUAUUCUUGCAAAUAACAAACUCAGCUGGUUCCACAAUACAUCCCCCAGUUACAUUGGAGGCCUCAGUCUCAUCAGAGUUCGGAACACUUUUGCCACAAAGGUUAAAACAGUUGGCUCAAGCCAUUGCAGAUUCCGAUAGCAAGAAUAAUCUCGGCCUGCAUAACUCUGUCUUUGGUAAGGUGAAGGGUGUUAUUCUGUCAUCCUACUUAAAUCGGACACUAAAUCCAAACACUCCAUCUCCUGCACCUGCUCCCUCUCCCGAGCCCAGUGAUGACGUUUCUGAACCAUCAGCUUCCCCUUAUCCAAUAAACCCUCCAGCUGUUUCUCCAGCUCCCUCUCCGCAUAAACAUACAAGAAAAGCCCCCAAAAGGAAAAGAACACCUUCCCAUUUUUUCCCUCCUGUAAAUUCUCCUGCUCAUCCUCCUGACCCUUGUCCAUAUCAUGGUCGUAAAGUUAUUCCACCUAGGAGAUCUCCAUCGCCUUCCAAUGAGCAAAAUUUCUUCCAUCCAGAUGCACCCCCACCACAGUUGUCCCCCGACCUCUCUCCUUUACCUGCAGUUUCAUAUGGUUCAACACCCUCAGAAGACUCAGAGUCUCCGUCCCUGGCUCCUUCUCCAUCUGUUCAUUCCGGAUCAUCUUUUGCAGGACAACACUGGUCAGCUGCGGAGAUGUGGCUGCUGGGAUUAUGGUGCCUUCUGAUCUCUCAUCUUCUUUGUUGGCAACAUGGAUAGUUGUUCAGCCUGCUCAUCAUCGUAAUGCAUGGGGAGAUGAUUGCUGAAGAUAUCACAGUACCCAGUUUUGUUUUGGGGGCGAGGAUGGUAGGAAUUUGUGCGAAAAAAAGUUGCAGAGUUUCGUUCUUUGUCAGGUUACCGACAACCAACCAACCAACCGGUAAAAAAAGCAAGUGUAAAUUCUAUGAAAUAGGGGGAGAUAAUGGCAGGUCAAAGCCAAAAGGUGGCAGGCCUCUCAUCUUCACUUUGUAGGUUUUGUGGAUGCUGCUACUACUGGAGAAGUCUAUUGUUCCAAAGGGAACACAGACAGCAAUGUGUGCCACCCAUAGUUAAGCUUUCUUUCCCAACUGGAAAGAAAUCAGAACUUCUGUGAAGGAAAAGAGUAUUAUUAUGAAUCUGGAGAAGCAGAACAUCUGGGUUUGCAGAGUUUAAAGAUAAGAACCAACAAGUUGCUACUAAUGUGUCGUUGCAAGUGUAAAAAUGUCUGUGAGGACUGGUUCUUUCCUUUGAGCAUAUGCAGUCCCGAGUGAAAAGGCAAAACACAAGAUAAAAAGCCAGAUAAUCACUGUAAUGCAGAGUAUUUUUAUUUUCGUUUGCGAUGAUUGAAUACCUGGUGGUGGUUUUAACUCAUUUCAUCACCUUUAUACUUGCAAUGGCUUCAACUUGUGUUUUCACGACUUGUUAUCCUGGCAAAAUCUGGCUGCUAUCCAAAUGUGAGGCGAGCAGCUUGUGCUGUUGGUUCUCCUCGGGUUUCUGCUGUUCGAUUGGAUGUAAUGAUAAUUUUGUAACAUAAAUGCGCCAAUGCAAUGGCAAAGAACGAAACGCGACUCUGAAACUGAUGCAACCAUGUUAAUAACACAUAUCGCCCCACUUGGAAAUGCAGUAAACAUGGAAGAAUCCAACCAUUGUUUUACAGCUGAUAACAACAGUUGCAGAAUACAGCGGGUUGGAAUUGAUCGUAAUCGCCUAAUCGGAUACAACACAACAUACAAAUGGGGGCUCAAACAAUCCCUAUGGAUGUAUCGUUGUUUGGUCUAUCAAUCUGUAUAUGUCGACGAUCCAAAACAAAAAGAAACAGCAAUACAGGUACAAAGAACUAUGAGAGUGGGAUCCAUGUAGUUUGGAAUUUAGCAAGAUCAGCAGCCUAGGGGACCCCGUUUCCCUUUCUUGUGGUGAGAGAUUUGAGGGGUGCCCUGUCGAUGAAAACUCUGCGGCCAUCUUUGGACAGAUAGUCCAAUGUCCAGGCAGGUCCAACCACCCAUGAUGUAGCGAUCCCACCAAGCAACCCUCCUAACUGCAAAGUUAUUCAUGCCAAAACACACCAUAAUCAACAGAUAGAAACGUU